GACCCCUGGCUGUGGGGUGAGAGGUCGGGCGGCCAUCUUGUGGCACCGUGUUGCCGUCGGUGCCGCCGCGUCGCGCCCUCCCCCGGGCGGAGCAGGCCCGGCGCGGGGCCGGCCCGGCGCCAUGUCAUCGUUCUCGGAGUCGGCGCUGGAAAAGAAGCUGUCGGAACUGAGUAACUCCCAGCAGAGCGUGCAGACGUUGUCUCUGUGGCUCAUUCACCACCGCAAGCACGCAGGGCCCAUCGUCUCCGUUUGGCACCGGGAGCUCCGUAAAGCAAAAUCAAGUAGGAAACUUACUUUCCUAUACUUAGCAAAUGAUGUCAUCCAGAACAGUAAGAGGAAAGGUCCUGAAUUUACCAGGGAAUUCGAAUCUGUUCUUGUGGAUGCAUUUUCUCAUGUUGCCAGAGAAGCAGAUGAGGGCUGCAAAAAGCCCUUGGAACGAUUGCUUAACAUCUGGCAAGAAAGAAGUGUGUAUGGCAGUGAGUUCAUACAACAACUGAAACUUUCUAUGGAAGACUCCAACAGUCCCCAAACUAAAGUUGCAGAAGAGAAGAAAUCGUCUUUGAAGCGGACUUUUCAGCAAAUACAAGAGGAGGAAGAUGACGAUUACCCCGGGAGCUACUCACCCCAGGACCCCAGCGCUGGGCCACUGCUGACAGAGGAUUUGAUCAAAGCUCUGCAGGACCUGGAGAAUGCAGCAUCAGGAGAUGCAACGGUGCGGCAAAAAAUUGCCUCUCUGCCUCAGGAAGUUCAGGAUGUUUCAUUACUGGAGAAAAUUACAGACAAAGAGGCGGCCGAGCGCCUUUCGAAGACCGUGGAUGAAGCGUGCCUGUUGCUGGCCGAGUACAACGGGAGGCUGGCAGCUGAGCUGGAGGACCGGCGCCAGCUGGCACGAAUGCUGAUUGAGUACACGCAGAACCAGAAGGACGUAUUGACAGAGAAAGAGAAGAAGCUAGAAGAACUGCUGGCUUUGAUAUUUGGAGAAGGUGAAGAGAAUUUCCAUCAUUGAGAAGGAAUAUAAACAGAAGCUUGCUCGGGUAACCCAGGUCCGCAAGGAGCUGAAAUCUCACAUCCAGAGCCUUCCGGAUCUGUCACUGCUGCCCAACGUCACAGGAGGUCUGGCACCUCUGCCGUCUGCUGGUGACCUGUUUUCAACAGACUAGAACAAAUGGUGUCCCCUAGUUUCCAUUAUUACCAGCAAAAGUAAGAAGACUGUUGACUGGAAAUCCAGUCUUCCCAGAUGUACAGUAGGAAAGAACUUUCAGACCCUGCUUUCAACCUCUUGGCUGCUCAUGCUCACCUUCUCUCUGUGUACACUGGCUCACAACGAGGGCAGGAUAAAGAGCGAGUUUUUGUGAGCUCUUAAGGGAGUGGGGAUAGUCCGUAUAAGCAAUUUUCUCUCAUAAUUUUUCCUUACUCUUUAGUUUGUUUGCUCUUAGCACUUGUUACCCCACGAAAGUCAUGAGAAUCGUGUACAUAUAUGGAAAGUGUUCAAAGAAAGGCUGACCGUAUAACAUUUUCCUCUGUAAAACUAUUGUAUUAUUUCAGAUUGUCUUGCCUGUUUUUGCUGGGUCUCUGAAGCUCGUAUCUGAAAGCAGUAGUGGCUAGUGGGCUUCGUAGGGGUGCGUGCAUGUGUGUCUGCAGGUAUUAUAUCAUGUCAGUGAAGGACAAAGGCACCUACUGAACAAUGGCACAAAUAUUUUAAAUCUACAGUUCCUCAUGCUGUUGUAGGCCUCACAUAAAAAAUAGUUCCUAUUUGGCAUGAACAUAAAUUGAAACUCACCACAGGCAAUAAAAAUAAACAGCUUUUCUUUGUGAAUUAGAGAGCUUCAUAAUUUAAGCUCUGCUGAGCCAUGCAGAACUGGAUAUUACCUAAACGAGAGUGGAAGUAAAUUUUGUUCUAGCUACCUUAGAUUUAUACUAUAUUUUUCCUCUUCAUUAUACAAAAUAAACGAUCACAGAAGCUUUGGUUUAACUGAGAGGCUGGAGUGUGGUGGAUUGUAACUGGCCGUCACCCAGUGGCAGAUCUGCUCUGAAGGUGGUCAUGCUGAAAGCAUUCUAUAAAUUCUCCCUGUAGCUUUAGUCAAGUUAAUUGAUGAACAGAAGUUAAAUGUGAUAUAAACCCCCCCGUUUUUUUCUUAAUCUAGAAAGUAGACCCAUAUACACAUCCAGCAUGCACAUGUGCUAUAUCUAUGCAUGUAUUAGAAGGAUGUACUUAAUUUUGUAUCACAGAUUGUGAGUUGAUUUUAUUAUUGGGGGGGAAAAAUUAGAGUACUCUUUAAUUUGCUAAUGUUCUAGCUGCCAUGGAUGUCAUUAGAUUUCAGUUUGUGUGGUAGGUCUAUCAAGCUGGACUCUCAUCACUGAAAACCAUUCCUGUCUGGGAAAAUAAUCUGUUUAAAUCUAAUAUCUCCUGCUGUGGAACACCUGAAGUUUCUGGAAACACUUGGUCUGACAGCACAGGCUCUAUCACAGAGAGGCUGAAAUGAGUUACGUUGGUGUGCUGUGUUUGUGCCUCGCUCUGGUCUUAAGCUGCAGUUCUCAAAGACGUGAGAAGAUACCUAUAGAAAUGCAAAUCUUGGUCUGCAUUAAUUUAUUUUAUGGAGUAUUAAGUAGCCAAUUGACAUUCAGUUAAAUAACACCAUGUGUUUGGUGGUUUGGUUGUUGAAAAGCUCCUGUGCUUUUCUUACCGAUGUUUCACUUUUGUUUAUUUUUUUUCCUGUGAAAAGGAAACUUCUUCCACCCCUGUUGCCCAGCCAGGCAAUGCCUUUCUUUUUCAUUGGCAGGAAACUUUACGAUGGCAGUGAAUUAUAUUUUCCAUGAAUUGGUUUGAUCUUGCAACCAUUUGUGGACCAAAUGUUGCUUACAUCAGGCACCCAACACAGUCUGCUUUUGCCAAACAUUAAAAAGGGAAUAAAAUAGGAAAACAAAGAUAAUAAUCAAGGGAAACCAAACAAAGCCACCAAAGCUCCAAAAUCCCAAACAAGAAGAUGAAUUUCUGUCCUGCCACAGCUCCCGGAGUUACCUUGAGGUUGCUUUAAGCAGUGAUUGCUUUGACUGUGGAUUGAACCCAUAUCCACUGUAAGACAAAACGUGUUGCCAUCUCACGCUGUUGUUCUGGGCAGACGUCAUGUGAGGAAGCGGGCUGUCUGUCUUUUCUUAUUCUAGAAAUGUUUGGACUUGUUGGUUGGUUUUUUUUUCCCCUAAGUGUGAGUGUGUUUUCUUUUGCUUAAUUUAAAUGAAGUCUCGUAGGUUUUACUUUCCUUUUAAUGGGCAAAGGACAUCUGGUGAACUGAGUAACGUUCUCUGAAGGUCAAACAGAUUUUCCCAAGGUUUGUCUCUCUCUCUUUUUUUUUAAUGCUAAAAUCUGUAUAUUAAUGGUUUUAGGAAUUAAUGUAGGCAUAUUGGCUGCCAUUUGUGACAGCAGUAUAUUCUGAAAUGUCUCAUAGAUCUAUAUUUUUGAAUAAAGAGGGUGUCGUUGAA